UUAGCGGCUCCUCUCGCGGAAUCUCGCGAGACUUCCCGUGUUGUGGGAACAGCUGACUGCGCGGUGGGUGGUGCCAUUAAACUGCUUAUUUGGAACAGCGUGUUACCACAACAAUUCGAGGGUUAACCUUUAAUAUUUCAGUUCUGUUCAGGCACUGAUAAUCAUUUACAUCCCAGCAUGGCCGAGACGGAUCCCAAGUCGGUGCAGGACCUCACCAACGUGGUCCAGACUCUGCUGCAACAGAUGCAGGACAAGUUCCAGACCAUGUCGGACCAGAUUAUUGGAAGGAUUGAUGAGAUGAGCACACGGAUUGAUGAUUUGGAGAAAAACAUUGCAGACCUGAUGACCCAGGCUGGAGUUGAGGAGAUUGAAGCGCCACCGGAGAAGGCUAAAGAGGGUCAAGGAUCAUAAUGACGGUUUCUAAACCAGGCGUGAAGUCGGUCCCUUAUUCGGGAGCAGCGGACUUUCCCCCCCAUUCUGAAAAAUGACUUCUUUUGAUUUGGUGUGUCGUGUGAAAUGCUUUUUUACAUAUUGAGUAUUGUGAAACGGUUACAGUUAUGUAAUGACUUGAACAGUUGAGCGUUCUUCGUGAGCUAGGCUAGUGUGACGUGCAGGAGUGCAGCCCGUGGACUCGAUGCACCAACCAGGAAGUUGUUUUCGCUGCCAUCGCACACACGUUUCACAGAAAUUAGACCCUGACGAGGACAGUGUCGCCCUGGAACCUCUGAAGCUUGCAGUGUGUUUGGCAAACAGCACUGUCACUAACAAGGUGUGGGAUGCAUUCCAAUUCUGAUUUUUCUUCUAUUAAAGAUAUUUAAUACUCUGCUGUUUGUCUCGUAUGACACAAUAACUAUUUGGCCAGGUGCUAAGUAAAUUUUUAAUCUAUACGAUUUCAACUCUGCGGUGCUCCGUGUUUUUCUGUAUUUAUUUUUUCAAGCCAGACUCGUAUUUUUCAAUGCAGAUUAUCUGGAGCGUCUCAAUGUUGCAUGUUUUUUUUGUCUAGGCUGUUUAUUAGAUAGCGUAUUGAAACUGCAUUAGUUAGAAGUUCCCCAAGCCGAGAGAAAUGACGGUCCGAGAGGGUGAAAUGUAUCGUACAAAAGUAAAACUUUAAUGAGAUCAAGUCAGAUUUAUCACUUUAGAGCCUUUUAUUCAAACGAACGCAAACAGAAAGUGCCAAAAAAAAAAUCAAAUUAAAAUGAACAACAUCAAAUAAAGGAACAUAAGAAUGGUUAGAUUACAUCAGAAUCUUUAGGAAUCCUGUUACCAAACUGUGACUGUGAUUGAAGUACUGUAGUUGGUGUGAAGUUUAUUAAUCGGUUUUGAAAUGUGGAGUUAGAACUCAAAGUCUGCCUCGGUCAUGUCGAUGGCCCAGGCGAACUUAUCCCGCUGGGUCUUAUUGUAGAUUUUUUCCACAGGUACCUCCAUGUUCUUACACCUGAAUGAAAAAGGAGAGCGUUUCGUUUAGUUCACUAGCAAAGUCUUUAAAUCAUAAUUCGGCAUCUUGAUACAGACGUAGAGAUUUAUAGCAACACUAGACGAUACCAGCUGAAGAUUUUUAGACAUUUACCCCUCGUGUUCUGUAUUACUGACACCAACUGUCCACUAGCU